AUGUACACUGAUCAUCAGGGCACUGAUGAUCAGUGUGCCCUGAUGAUCUGUGUAGCCCCAGCAGUGCCACCUGUCAGUGUCCAUCAAUGCCAGCUGUCAGUGCUCAUCAGUGCCACGUGCCAGUGCCCAUCAGUGCCACAUCAAUGCCACAUAUCAGUGCCUACCAGUGCACAUUAAUGCAACAUAUCAGUGCCCUUCUGAACUGCCUUUCAGUGUCACCUAUCAGUGCCAGUCAGUGCCACCUAUCAGUGCUGCCAAUCAUCAGUGCCGACUAUCAGUGCGCAUCAGUUCCGACUAUCAGUGCCCAUUAGUGCUGCCUAUCAG